AUGGAAUCGAACCAAUUCGAAAAUUUACAAUUUAAAACUAAUGAAGGUUUUUUUGGGAAUAUAUCAACACAAACAAAUCAGUAUUGGAAUGAUAUAGGAAGCACAGGUGAUGGAUUUCUAAACAAAAUUAAAUCCAAUAUACCGUCAAAAUUAGGUGGUACUCCUUCACCAGCGGAAUCAAAAACUUUUUAUCAAGAACUACAAGAAUCUUCAUCAUUAUCUUAUUUCCAAAGAUUAAUUGCAUUUGUGGUUUUUAUAGUUAUCGGUAUCUUUUUUUUAGGCAUGUCAACUUUUGUACUAUUUAUUCCAAGACAAUUUGCAAAAUUUUAUUCAUUGGGUAGUUUAUCAAUUAUUAUCGGAUUAAUAGUUUUAGUGGGAGUUAAAAAACAAAUUCAAAAUAUAAUGUCAUCAAGAGAAAGAAUGUUAUCAACAGGACUAUAUCUUAGUUCAAUUUUUGCAACUAUUUAUUUUGCAAUCAUUCUUCAAUCAACAUUAUUAACCUUAUUCUUUGUAAUUCUUCAAUUUAUCACUGUAAUUUGGUAUUCAUUAUCCUAUAUACCAUUUGGUCAAUCAAUGCUAACCUCAGCUUUUAGUUUUUUUACCAAAUAA